GGGGGAGGGGAGGGGAUCUGCAGCGUUAUCCCCGCACGGCAGUGCCAUGCUGGCGGGAUGUGCUGGAUAUUGGAGCAACCGAGUUGUCGGUGAUGGGAAGUGUUGAAAAGAGGAUCGGAUCCGCUCCGUGGGCCUUUCGUUAGGCUACGCGGUACUGAGAGCUCACCCACAAUGGCGACGGAUAUCAAACAUGACGCCGUGCAGACAGAGAGGGUCCCGGAGAAGGAGCACAUCGUCGACGAAUCGCGCCUAGAUACCAACAUCCACCUCAACGACGCGAUACAGGCCGAGAUCGAUAAGGAUGAGAAGCGUGUCAAGCGAAUUAUCCGGAAGGUCGACUUCCGAAUGAUUCCCAUUCUCGGAUUGCUCUAUAUGUGGGCACUGAUCGAUCGAGUGAACCUUCCCAAUAAGAUCCAAAUUGCAGGAAUGGGGAAGGAGCUCGGAACGACUCAGGGCAAUCGAUAUACGUUGGUCACUAUGAUUUUCUUCAUUACUUAUAUUCUCUUCGACUUUCCGUCAAAUAUAGCGCUGCGGAAAUUCGGGCCCGCAAAAUGGCUUGGUUUCAUCGGAACAGCGUGGGGAUGUCUGACAAUUGCGAUGGGUUUCGUUCAGUCGUGGAAGACCCUGCUUGUUUGCCGAGUUAUAUUCGGAGCACUGGAGGCCGGGAUGGCACCUGGGUCCAUAUAUCUGCUCUCCUGCUGGUAUACAAGAUAUGAGGUCCAGAAGCGUUUCGCGGCUUGGGCCUGCAUCGGCGUCUUUGGCUCGGGACUUUCCAGUGCUCUCGCAUACGGCAUCACCACGAUAGGGACCACUGCUGGAUAUAGUGCAUGGCGCUGGAUAUUCAUCAUUGAGGGUAUCGUCAGCGCCGCAGUCGGAAUUGUGGCCGCCAUAGUUCUUGUCGACUUUCCUGAUCGAGCGUCUAGACCGGGGCUCUUCUUCAAGCACGGCUUCCUAACCCCAGAGGAGGCGGCGAUAAUCCUUGCGCGUGUCGAGCGCGAUCGCGCAGACGCCGUCCCGGAGCCCUUUACUACCAAGAAUGUAUUGCGGGCUUUGAGCGACUGGAAGAUGUGGCAGUUCCCCUUCCUUCUCUUCCUCAAUAACCUUACAGUGUACUCUUUCUCCUACUUCCUGCCGAUUAUCGUGCACGAAUCGAUGGGGUUCUCAACGGAGAUGACGUACUACCUAAAUGUCGCACCAUACUGUUUUGCGGCCAUUUGGAUGUUCGCCAUUGGAUGGUUCAACGACCGGAUUAGGAUGAGGGGUCCCACGAUCAUAACACAGGCAUUGAUCAUAACCAUCGGCGCAUGCGUAAUGGCUUUUGCGAAACCUGCUGGCGUGCGAUUCUUUGGCGUGUUCCUCGCAGUUGGCGGCACGAACUCGAAUAUUCCAACAAUCUACGGUUAUCAGCAUAAUAAUAUUACUGGCCAAACCAAGCGCGCCCUCGCAACAGCGAUGCUCCUUAUGGGUGGUGGAUGCGGAGGCAUCGUAGCGUCAUUCGCGUUUCAGUCAAAGGAUGCGCCGCACUACACCCCUGGAAUGAUCACUGUGAUAGUGUCGCAGGCGUUGACUGUGCUGAUCGUCUCAUGUAACUUCCUUUACUUCUUGCAUCGGAACCGCAAGGCAGAACGAGGCGAAGUUGUACUUGAGGACACACCUGGGUUCCGGUACACAUAUUAAGGAUCAAUGACAUCAGUGAGAAGAUGGAGAGCCUGGGGUGGCUUCGCUGCAUUGGUGAAGCUAAGUUGUUGGCUCG